AUGGCGGGUUUUCUUUCUGUACAUGAGCGUGUGCCUCUUUAUUCCGUUAAAAAGUCGACUGUAUUGCUUCCCGAUGUUUGUUCAUCACCUCCUUUAAACAUUCUUAUAUUUGGUUCUUCAUAUAUAAAACGGUUAGCGGUUUAUUUAUCGCAUUUUAAUCAUGUUAAUUUGGAUUUGCAUCGGCGUGUGUGUCGAGUAACUUGCUGGGGACAUGGCGGUCUGUUAGUCCGCAAUGAUCCGCACGGAAGACUGUCCGUCACGAACUCGAGAUUUUCAGAAAUGGAUAUAAUUAUGCUCCAUCUAGGAUCGAAUGAUUUAUGCGACAUUUUAUCACUUCCGUCGGUUAUAGCUCGGGAUUUCUUUGACUUCGCUAAAGAUGUGAUGUGUGUUUGGCAUCCCAAGUUAGUUAUAAUAAGCCAACUUUUGCCCAGGCAGUGUGAACCUUAUAACGGCUAUAAUGCCAAGAUUUUGGCUACCAAUAUGGAGUUAAAGGCUCUUUGUUUUUCUGAGAGGGUGAUGUCUAAACGUGGAUCGAAGCGCCCAUUAGAUGAGGGUAGUGGUGAGCCGUCAACAUCUGGAUCAUGUCCCAUGUCAACGGCUGAAGACAGAUUGACCGAAAUUUUGAUUAAAAAAUUGAUUGAUAGAGGUUUGGUUAGUUCCAUCCCUACACCUACUCCACAUUCAACUGCCUCUGCUUCAACUACCUCAACUUCAGCUUCUGAAUUUACUGCCUCUACUUCAACUUCAACUGCCUCUACUCCUGGGACAUUUGUACCGUUAUCAACCACAUCGACUGGAAAUAAUCAAUCAGUGUUUUCUGUAAAUGCUGCGGCCUUGUUUCAACCUGCAGACAUUCUAGAUGCUAACAGUGCCAAGUCUGAUUUAGAGUCAGAUGUUGAACCUGUUCUCAAAAUCACCUCGUCUCAAAAGGCCAGAAUACUUAAUUUAGAACAAUGGCAACAUGCUUUUUCCAUAUUUAUGGACGUUUUGAUUCAAAAAUCACCUCAAUUGACCUCAAGCUUAUUGGUCUACCAAAAUUUGGUUACAGAGUUGGCCCGGCUCUAUGGAAUAAAAGCCAUGCAGUUUUACGAUACACAGUUUAGGAUGAAUAGGCAAUCUUGUCCUCAUCCUUGGAAUCAAAUCUAUGCAGAUUACUGGCUAAGGGCUACCACUUUGUAUGGUACAUCUUCAGUUAAUCAAUCUAAAACUACCAAGAAUACCAAAACUUCUAAAAGUAAUGGUAAUACUUGCUGGGGUUUUAAUUCCCAGUCUGGAUGCAAGCGCACUUCGUGUCGUUUUGCUCAUGUUUGUUCACGUUGUGGAUACACUCAUCCAGCUAUUAACUGUUAUGCUAAAGUACGUAAGAAUACUCAAAAUCAAUCUGAUAGGACUCCACCUUCAGUGGACUAUAAUAAUCAGACUCUAACGUCAGCCAUGUACCCUCCUGCCGUGUCUAAUCUUUCGGAUUCAAUUGUUGCUCCUCCAGCAAACCAGCCAGUUGCAUCUGGUUCUAAUGCUGGAGCAAAGACACCUAAUGCGCAAUCUUCACGCUAUAUUUUUCGUAAAGCAAGUCCAUCCUCAAGCAGAAGUGCCGAAGUGGUUAUGAUCCAAUACAACGUCAAUAUCUUUAUUCUGGUUUCACUGAGGGUUUUAAAAUUCCGUAUUCUGGAGAGCGAACAUUCGAAAUUAUUCGUCGUGUUGUGA